AUCCGUAGACAAUUCGACAAAAAAAGAAAGAGAAAAAAGCGACAGCCAACGAACAUAAGUUUGAACACAUAAACAAACAAACCAAAAAACAUUCACAUUUACAUACAUACAAUCAUAUGAGGGUACAUAACAAAAUAAACGCUAAUAUGUGGCGUUCAAGUGUGUGUGCGCGUAUGGUGGUGUAGGGGCACCCGUAAAAUUGGUUUAAGUAAAGUCUGCCGUUCCAUGUGCGUGGGUUUAAGCACGUGUAUAUCGGCGUAUAUUUAUGUGUAAUUGUCCCUGAUUCAUUCAAUGUUGACUUGGAUUCCUUCUGUCGUUUUGAAAGCAUCUGGUGCUGCUGCUGCUGUCACAUCUUUAGCACGUGACUUGGAGAAAUUCAUACCGUCCCACCCUCAACCAUAUCCCUUCCAAGCCAGCGCCCCGACAUUCUGCCAGCAAAAGUUUUACAUAAAACUGUGUCACGAAAUCAACGUUUGAAGUUAUAAAAUUUUGUAACUUGAGACGCAAUAUUUACUUAAAUUAACUUACAAAUAAAUUCUCCAAACACACACACACACCCAAACCCACUACUACACACAAACACAAAAAAAUGGAGGCUACAAAUGGUGCUGGCUGUGCGGCUAGUGCGGCUGCUGCUGCUUCCAAACGCGUACAAAUCGAGAAGGCCCAGAAUUUUAUGCGUCAAUAUCGUGAUCCCGAAUCACGCGAACUGAAAAAGCUGUCGGCAAAUCAAUUCAUGGAUGUAUGGGCCCAUUAUGAUAACGAUGGCAAUGGCUACAUUGAGGGCACCGAAUUGGAUGGUUUCCUGCGUGAGUUCGUUUCCAGUGCCAAUGCCACCGAUAUUAGUCCAGAGGCUGUCACCGACACAAUGCUGGGCGAAUUGAAAUCAUGUUUUAUGGAGGCCUACGAUGACAAUCAAGAUGGAAAAAUUGACAUAAGAGAGUUGGCCCAACUGCUGCCCAUGGAAGAGAAUUUCUUAUUGUUAUUCCGUUUUGACAAUCCACUCGAAUCCAGUGUAGAAUUUAUGAAGAUUUGGCGUGAAUAUGAUACAGACAAUUCCGGCUAUAUUGAAGCAGAUGAACUUAAAAAUUUCCUACGUGAUUUACUCAAAGAGGCCAAGAAAAUAAAUGAUGUGUCUGAAGAUAAAUUAAUUGAAUACACAGAUACCAUGCUCCAAGUUUUUGAUGCCAAUAAAGAUGGACGUCUACAGCUAUCGGAAAUGGCCAAAUUACUUCCAGUUAAAGAGAACUUCCUGUGCCGUCAGGUGUUCAAGGGUGCAGCCAGGUUGACAAAGGAGGAUAUUGAAAAAGUUUUUUCUCUUUAUGACAGAGAUAAUAGCGGCUCAAUUGAAAAUGAAGAACUCAAAGGAUUCCUUAAAGAUUUAUUGGAGCUGGUGAAGAAGGAUGACUAUGAUGCUCAGGACCUGAAGGCUUUUGAGGAAACCAUUUUACGCGGUGUAGGCUAUGACAAGGAUGGCAAGAUUUCUCGCAAAGAAUUAACCAUGAUUUUGUUAACCUUGGCCAAAAUGCCACCAGAGGAUGAGCAGUAAAUGCAGUAAAGCCCAAACAAAAAGCCAAAUACAGCAGUGAUUAAAGGAAAAACUGGCCCAAUUAUAACAAAACACUGCUAACCAUAUUUAAAACAUAAUUUUAAUUAAAAAUACAUUUUUUUUUAAAUUUUGGUGGCCACUAAAAACAUUUUGGCGUAUGACAGAAGCAACAACAAACAAUAUACUCAACUACUUUAAAAUCCCCAAAAAAUUUUUAGGUAAGCAACAACAAAGAAAAUCCCAAAAUAUAUAUACAAAAACAAAUUACUUUGAAGUUAUAUUCCAUUAAGGAACAUAUUAAUUAAUAAAAAAAAUAACAAAUCUAUAGUAUAAUUAAAGAAUUAAAAAAAUAAAAUCGUAAAGCCCUUACGACAUCGUGUACUUAUAGCAAAUAUUAUAAAAAUCAAGGUUUGAUUUUUUUUUGUUAAUUUUUUUAUUAAUAAUAAUUUUAUUGUUUAGAAAACGAAUAAGAAGAUGAAUUUUUGAAAUAAUUGUAUGCAUGCAAUAUGCAUAGAGCUGAAAGUUAGCUACGUAACAUAAAAUAAAAAUAAAAAUAAUUUUGAAUAUUUAUGUGGAAUUUGCCAUUUUUUUAUUAUAUAAGGCGUAACAAAAACAAUAACAACUGGAAAAA